AUGGUUUCUGGAGAGCGCGAAUGUGCCAAGGGCGUGGUUGGCAAGAUUUUCCCAGACAGACUGAUGGACAUUUUGGCCGGAACUUUGGCCCUGGAAGUCCGUGUGCAUGAGCGAAGAUGUCAACCGGACGGCGAUUGGCCACUUUUUCCGGAGAAGCUCUCGUCGAAGAUGAACGCCGGCAAGAACGGUGAACAUGCUCCUGGAAGUUGCUGCCCCGCAUGGCUGCGAGCUUCCUGGUCGAGGGUUCUUUUUUGGCUUCUCGUGGCAGGAUACUUGAGCGUAGCUCUAGCUCGCAACGCUUCCAAAGCGCUUCCAAUCUCCUUGGUGUUUCUGGCCAUCUUCCUGAUCCAGAUUUGGGAUGCCAUUUCAAGCCGCUACAACAAGGACUUGGAGAGCCUUCUGGCGCCGCUGCAGCGACGAUGCGACCGCUGCCCUGCGGGUGUGGGACCCGCAGCCAUGGUGGUAGCCAUGGUGGUGACGUUGCUGGUUAUGUGCCCUGCCCAUGGUGUUGGAGCAAAGCCCAAUGGUAUCGACUCAUCCCUGGCUGCGGGCUGCUACUUCUGGUUUUGCUUGGCUGGCUUUGCUCCGCCCACCGGAGCCAAGUCCGGUGGCGUGAUUACUGGCAUUGCCUUGCAAUUUGUCUUGGGGCUCCUGAUCAUGAAGACUCAGUUUGGGUACCAGGCUUUCAAGGAGCUCGGCAAUCUCAUGGUGACCUUCCUAGGCUUCACCGAUGAAGGAAGCAAAUUCGUCUUCGGUGACUCCUACCGGGAUUUCUUCAUGGCAUUUAAGGUACUUCCCGUGAUCAUCUUCUUUAGCUCGGUAGUCUCAGCCUGCUACUAUCUGGGAAUUGUUCAAGAGAUCUUCGUGCGCUUGGGCUGGUUCAUGCAGAAGACGAUGGGCACCGGCUACUGCGAAUCUUUGAUUGCAGCGGCAAAUAUUUUCCUAGGCCAGACUGAGGCGCCUCUCAUCGUGAAGCCUUUCCUGGUCCACAUGACCCGCUCCGAGAUCCACUCCGCCAUGACUAGCGGCUACGCUUCUAUCGCGGGGUCUGUGCUGGGCACCUACAUACUCUUCGGAGUGCCAGCAGAUCACCUGUUAGCAGCGUCUGUGAUGUCGGCCCCCGCAGCCUUGGCGAUGUCGAAGCUUGUCUACCCAGAGACGGAACUGCCCAAGACCAACACCCUGAACAUCCUCACAGCAGAUCCGACGAGGAACAUUCUGGAAGCGAUCACGAACGGUGUCAUGACGGGCAUGGUAAUUGCAGCAACUGUUGCAGCCAUGUUGAUUGCCUCCAUUGCAAUCAUGGCAUUUCUGAACUCCGCGCUUGAGUGGUCUGGUGAGCUGGUGGGCAUCAACGGGCUCACUUUUGAUGCGGUGCUGUCCUAUCUCCUCUGGCCACUAGCCCUGAUGAUGGGAGUUCCGAUAGCUGACUGUAAAAGCGUUGGCUUGCUCAUUGGCCAAAAGACAAUCCUGAACGAGUUCGUGGCAUACAGGAACCUCGGGGAUCUGAAGGCCAAGGGAGCCAUUAGUACUCAAGCAGAGGUCAUCGCCACCUAUGCUCUGUGUGGCUUUUGCAAUAUGGGCUCUGUCGGCAUUCAGGUCGGGGGCUUCUCUUCCUUGGCACCACCUCGCAAGGCAGACUUCACUGAUCUCGCCUUCAGGGCAAUGGUGACAGGCACUGUUGCAUGCCUGAUGACAGGCUGCAUUGCUGGAAUGCUGGUCGACUAG